GCAAUAAAUUGACGCGCGUCGAACUGAACCGUAAUCUUGGCGCAACGCCUCGCACCGAACGCGCAGCACAGAAAUGGAGAUUGACGAAAACGCUUCACAAAAAUGUCGCUGGCUUCGCGUCAGUUGGAAAUGUGGGAGAUUUGGACUGAAUCUCCGAUUCAACCCUGUUGUUACUUUCCUAUCGGCCGCCACUAUUUGGUUCUUUGUGAUUUGGUGCUCCGUUCGAUCCGAGCAGGCUUUCAACGAGAUGACUGGUUGGAUGGCAUGGAUAACCGAAACCUGUACCUGGAUGUACAUUGGUACCCAAGACGCCUGGGCCGUGUUCAUUAUUGUGCUUUAUUUCUCGAAAUACGGCAGCAUGAAACUGGGCAAACCAGAUGACAAACCGGAUUUCAGCGACGCAACUUACUUCACAAUGCUGUUCGCCGCCGGGAUAGGAGUCGGUCUGUUCUACUUCGGAGUCGCUGAACCUGUGUGGCACUAUGCGUCUACGACAAGUUACGAAGCUGGAAACCGUUAUUAUGGAAGAUAUAGCGAUAAUCAACUUGCCCAAGACGCCAUGAAUGUAACCCUGUUUCACUGGGGCAUCCACGGCUGGAUAGUGUACGUUGUUGUUGGUCUUCUCCUCGCCUUUGUGGGUUACAGAAAAGGCCUUCCCAUGACCAUGCGCACUUGUUUCUAUCCUCUCAUUGGCGAAAAGAUCUAUGGUUGGAUGGGAGAUGCCGUAGACAUCCUUUCGGUGGUAUGUACAAUGUUUGGCGUUUGUACCAGUCUGGGUAUCGGUGUUAUUCAGAUGAACACCGGCUUUAACCGCAUUUUCAAGAUUGACGUCACAGUCACUAAUCAAAUCAUCAUCAUUUGGUGCGUCACUGCAUGUGCUACAGCCUCAGUGAUCAGCGGCCUGAAGGUUGGAAUCCGUCGCCUGAGUGAAAUCUGUUUCACCCUCGGGAUGUUCCUGAUGAUGAUUGCUUUCUUUUCCGACAACACUUGGCACAUACUCAACGUUUACGUUCAAAGCAUUGGCUACUACCUGCAGUGGAUUGUGCAACUUGGCUUUCAUACAGACGCGUUUGCACAACUUGGUAAUGCACCGGACGGGAAGGAAGCCCAAUCAUGGAUGAACGAUUGGACCAUCUUCUACUGGGGAUGGUGGAUCGCCUGGUCCCCUUUUGUUGGUAUGUUCAUUGCCAAGAUUUCAAAGGGAAGAACCAUCAGGCAGUUUAUCAAUGGUACAAUGACGGCGCCUAUAAUAUAUUCGUUCCUGUGGUUCUGCAUUUUUGGUACCGCGGGUUUAAAGAUGGAACGAGAGGCUACGUUGGCCAACAUCACCUGUAAUUCUACGCUCGGAGGAAAGGGUAGUACGAAGGCUUUGAAUGGCAUGUUCCGCCUCUCGUGCCGACAAACAAACGACAUGUGGUUUGAUGUGAUGGGCCAGUAUGGUGACCUGGGAAUGUUCCUUUCAGUGGUUUCACUGGUUAGCAUUAUCCUUUACUUUGUGACCAGUUCCGACAGUGGCUCCCUAGUCAUCGACUGCCUCUCUGCCAACGGCGAUCCUGAACCACCCGUCAUUCAGCGCAUCUUUUGGGCGUUAACAGAAGGUGCCUGUGCAACGGCUCUGCUUUAUUCGGGAGGUACUAACGCUUUGAAAGCUCUGCAGGCAAUGUCCAUAUCGGCUGGCGUCCCUUACACUGUCCUGUUGUGCUUUAUGUGUGUGUCUUUAUGGAGAGCAGUUAAAAUGGAUGCUGGUGAUCUUGACCCUCACGGCCCCCAGUUUACUACAGGCCUCUUAGACGUGCUUAGCAAUCCCACUCUGUCAAGCGUUGGAAAAGUUCUUCUUGCAGUCGUGGCACCAUGGUAUCCACUUAGUAAAGCCGCAGCAAAGAUCGGCGGACCAAACGACCGCAAAUGGCUGUAUAUGUUGGUUCUUGCAAUUCCUUUUUAUCUCUGGAUUGUUUUCAUGGCCUUCGAACCCAUCGUUGAGGGCAUAUCAUACGUUGGUUGGACAGUACUAUGCGGAUUCUUCGCCUAUGCGACCUCUAUCCGUAACUCCAUACGAGAGAAGUAUGGUAUCUAUGGCAACAUGGCUGAAGAUUUCUUUGCAGUGAUGUUAACAUACCCCUUUGCAGCUUACCAGAUGGAACACCACAUGGACAACGUGGACUACGAUCUGGGUAAACCGGGGCGAAACGGUGCCGCCAACCACGAUAUCGGCCUGUCCGAGGUUCACGUCAACCCGCUAACCGAUAGCCACGAUCACGUGUCUGAACUUGAUGCCAACACCCUGUCCAAAGAGGACGAGGCAAAUGCGAUUGCCAAUGGUACAAACGGCCAUGCUGACACUGCAGCGGAUGUUUAUGUCAACCCGCUUCCCGAAGAGGACAUUAAGUUGUAACCAUCCGUGAUGGCAUUGCUAAGGCAGGAAUGAACAGAAUCAAACUCUCGUGACUUUCAUUUUGUCUCAAGUCAAGCGGACUUUUGUAUCGUUCCAUUAGUCAACCUUUAAUCGCUCGCUAACAGACACCCUGUUUUUAGGGACCCUUUCUCUUAACAAAGUUAUGGACGAGGCUGACCAAAGUUUAUAUAACAUGCGAAGGAUGUACCUAAGCUUAGAGUUGUUUCCUUAAUUACAGUACUACUACCUUCUUUGUUAACAUGAUUUGAAAAAA